AUCCCAAACCACCCCAAUAGCACCAUUAGAACCUGCUCACGAGUCCUGUCAUUUUUCAGUGACGAAACUUGCAAUUCUCAUCAUGAAUCAUUGGAAAUACAUCUCGAUCAGCCGUGAUCGUUCCGAUCACCUUGCGUUCAUGGUUUCCAGCGUCCGCCUCAUUGAACUCAGCCAAGCAGAAUCACCAAUCUCUACAGAUCAAAUUCAUAUUACUUGGACUAGCAUAACGUAGCCGCCAUUCAGUUAUGUGAUAGCACAUGGAAGAGGACGACGAGCCCUCUAAAACGAUCCCCAAGUGGGUCGAACUUGAAUACAAGCACAUGCAAGACCUAGCGCGUCCCAAAUUCGAAGUCCACUUCACUCACCUCUCGCAAAAGUCAUGUUCGACACUCCAGAACCUUUUCUCAUCCCGCCCCGACUCGGAUGGGAGUUCAAAAAAUGCAGAACCUAAAGCCCAAGCAUUCGCACGCUCGGAAAGUGUCCUCGAGCUGAUGAAAGCACGCAAUGUGCCCCUAGAUGAAUGAUGCAACUUGCAGAUCUCGUUAGGAGUCCUUGGAAAUACCUGUCGAUCAAGCACGAUCGCUUCGAUCAUCCAAUGCGUUCAAGUUCAUGGUUACGGAUCGUACAGGUUCUUUGGUACUCUUCAACCUAGCAACGCCAUGUUCCUUAGACUCACUGGUAAAGUU